AAAACACCCACAAAGUUACUUUUCCUCCCAAUGAUCCGCAAUUGAUUACUUUGUACUUUGUCGCAUUAUGCGCAUUACCUGCCUGCCUUUCCACCCACACACCCAAGCCCCACCCUUAUCAUCUUAUAGAAGCUGGUGAAAAAGAUAACCAAAAUUCAGAAAAUACUCUGAAAGAAGAAGAGAGGCAGUGAGGUAAAAUGGUAGAAGAAAGGGUGUUAUCAAUGGAUGCAGUUAUCAAAACAAUGCAAGAUUGGUCAUUGGGGACUUUCCUAACUGCUGGACUUGUUAUUGCUCUUGCUGCGAUUUUACCCAAGCUUUUUAAUGAUCAUAAAAAGAAAUCUCCCAGUAAUCUGCCCCCCAGCUAUACCAGGAUUACCUGUGCUUGGGAAUUUACUGCAGUUAAAAGAGAAAAAACCUCACAAGACUUUCCUAAAUUGGGUUGAGGAAUAUGGACCAAUCUAUUCCAUCAAAACAGGGGCUACCACCUUAGUUGUUCUCAACUCCACUCAGCUUGCAAAGGAGGCUAUGGUAAACAAACACUCUUCCAUCUCAACAAGAAAGCUUACAAGUGCACUGAAUCUGCUCACUCAUCAUAAAAGUAUGGUUGCAAUGAGUGAUUAUGGGGACUUCCAUAGAACAGUUAAGCGGCAUAUGCUGACCGCGGUUUUGGGCGCAAGUGCUCAGAAACAAUAUCGCAUCCAUAGAGACAUACUAAUACACAACGUUUGUUGUGGAUUACAAGAUGAGCUCAAGAAAUAUCCUCAGGAAGCAGUGAACCUUCGGAAAUAUUUUCAGUCAGAACUUUUCAGAUUGGCACUAAAGCAAGGAAUCGGAAAGGAUUUAGAUUCUGUAUAUGUAGAUGAGCUUGCAAGUACAGUGUCAAGGGAUAUGAUGUAUAAGUUCCUAGUGGCAGAUUGUAUGGAGGGUGCAAUUGAGGUUGACUGGAGAGAUUUCUUUCCAUAUCUCAAAUGGGCUCCUAAUGGAAGGUUCGAGAAGAAAGUCCGGGAAAUACAGCUUCGUAGGGAUGCAGUAAUGAAGGCACUCAUAAAGGAACAGAAAAAACGUAUAGAAUCGGGGAAGGAAAUAAACUGCUUUCUUGACUACUUGCUGUCAGAAGGAAAGACAUUAACCGAUAAACAAAUUGAAAUGAUUGUGUGGGAGGAAAUUAUAGAAACGUCGGAUACAACUGUGGUGGCCACAGAAUGGGCUAUGUAUGAACUAGCCAAAGAUCCUGAGCGACAGAAUAAACUGUUUCAUGAAAUUCACGGUGUAUGUGGGUCUGAGAAAGUAACAGAAGACCAUCUGCGCCAGCUUCCUUACCUUUCUGCUAUAUUUCAUGAAACAUUGAGAAAGCAUGGCCCUGUUCCUGUUAUUCCUCUUCGGUAUGUGCACGAGGAUGUAGAACUUGGAGGCUAUCAUAUUCCUGCAGGAACCCAGAUUGCUAUAAACAUUUAUGCAUGUAACAUGGAGAAGGCACUAUGGGAGAGCCCCGGGGAGUGGAAGCCGGAACGGUUUCUUGAAGGAAAGUAUGAACAGAAUGAUUUACUUAAGACGAUGGCGUUCGGAGGGGGUAAGCGGGCAUGUGCAGGUGCUCUACAGGCAUGGACAAUUUCCUGCCUAGCAAUCGCGAGAUUGAUACAGGAAUUCGAAUGGAGGCUUGAGAAAGAGGAAGAAGAGAACGUUGCUACAGUUGGUCUUACUUCCUACAAACUUUCUCCACUGCUAGCAAACAUCAAGCCAAGAAAUUGAUGUCCAAGAUUCACUUAACAUAAAAUAAAUAAAAAUCUUGUGCAUUAACUUUCCCUUUGUUUGAGUAAGUUCCUAAUUAUUACUACCUCUGUCCGGUGGACUUUGCCAAGUGAAAAGUAGGGGAGAAAUAAGAAUAGUAAAACUGUGUGGAUGAGAUUUGUGCAGAGGAGACAGAAAUGUGCAGAACCACAAAUUAGUUGCUUUAAUAGGUAAGUGGCAAGUUUAUUGGGACAACCAAAAAAGAAAAAUUGGCAAAGUCCAAUGGUUAGGAGGGAGUAAUAUAUAAUUAUAUACGGAGUUUAAAGCAAAGAAUUAACUGGCUCGGAACCAAAAUGAAGAAAAUACUACUCCCUCCGUUCCUAUUAUAACUUCCAACUUUCCUUUUUCGUUCGUUCCAAUUAAAACUUCCACUUUCCCUUUUUGAUAAAAAAUUUGUGGUUCACAACAAUUCUUACACAUUUCUCUCUCUUCUGCACAACUCUCCACCACACGAUACCCACUAUCUUAAAUUGUGUGUCAAAUCUAUUUGGAAGUUAUAAUAGGAACGGAGGUAGUACUACCUCCGGUCUUUAAUUAACUUUACACUUUCCUUUUUGGGUCGUCCCGUAUUAAACUUUACACUUCCUUAUUUGCCUUAUUUGGCAAACAAAUCUACACCAAACAAUACAAAACAGUGUCAAACAGUGUCAAAUAGUGCCAAACAGUGUAUUUUAUAGCAAAGUCAAAUUUAUUUCCUUAAUAUGUGUGAAGUCAAACCGUAAAGUUUAAUAAGGACCGGAGGGAGUAUUUUUUUUGUCAUGGUAAUAAUUGUUAUAUGAAACUUAUUUCAUGUAAUCAUGUUUACUAAGAUAACCAUCAUAAUUGUUAUACGUUAACUUUAUUAUUCUAAAUACAAAAACCCACAAAUAAAGAUCUUGAACGAACAAUUCAGCUCUAAUGAAUCGCUACUUCUCCUAUCACAUACGUAGUUACAGUCAUCGGUCUUCAGUUUGUCUUUAGAUCUUAGGAUAACAUUCAAUUUGAUUAAUUAAAUCGGUUAAAUCUGUUCAAAUUAUGUAAACUUUUGUUGCAUUGGCUGAAUUUGGUCAAUUAUGGUAAAAUUAUAUUUAAAAUAUAUUUAAUCAAUCAAGUUAAGAAAAAAUAAUAUGAAGUAUAAAUAAUAGCUAAAAUAGUUUUGUGUGUCAAAAUAAGUGUCUCACUUCCAUUUUAG